AUGAGGGAACACAAAUUCACUGCAGAUGAUCAGGAAAACAAUGCCUGUAAGAACAAAGACUCCCAUGUUGGAAACCUGGAAGAAAAUGCAGACAGAGGGAACUGGAGCAACAAGAGAGAAUAUCUGUUGUCUAUGAUUGGAUAUGCAGUAGGGCUUGGAAACGUAUGGAGAUUCCCAUACCUAGCAUACAAACAUGGAGGCGGAGCCUUCCUCAUUCCCUACGUGAUCAUGCUGUCAGUCUCAGGGCUGCCGCUGUUUUUCAUGGAGAGCUCCGCUGGACAGUUCUGUAGCCAGGGACCCAUUAAUAUGUGGAAAGCUGUGCCGAUAUUGCAAGGUGUAGGAAUUACCAUGAUGCUGGUCAGCACUUUCGUUUCCAUCUACUACAAUGUCAUCAUCGCGUACAGCAUCUACUACAUGUUUGCAUCAUUUCAGUUUCCACUGCCAUGGAGCGAUUGCUCGAGCUGGUCAGAAAAGAACUGCAGCAACAUGGUUAGAGAAUAUUGCAAUAUGACUGCCUACAACUUGAGUCUUGUAGCUGGGAAUGUGAGCAUGGCGGCUGAUGGGAAUCAAAACUGUUCAGAAGAAGCAUGGAUUAAAGCACCAUUACAGAGCGCCAGUGAGCAAUACUGGGACAAAGUGGCCCUUGGACGCACUAAAAGUAUGGAUGAGACAGGGUCAGUGGUCUGGCACUUGGCCCUCUGUCUGCUACUCGGCUGGAUCCUGAUCGCUGCUGCGCUCUAUAAAGGCAUCAAGUCUUCUGGGAAAGUUGUGUACUUCACGGCCACAUUCCCAUAUGUCGUCCUGAUCAUCCUGCUUAUCCGCGGCGUUACUCUGGAGGGCGCAAGAGAUGGCAUUGAAUAUUACAUUGGCUCCCAAUCUAACCUUACAAAACUGGCAGAGGCUGAGGUUUGGAAGGAUGCAGCCACUCAGAUAUUUUUCUCACUGUCUAUUGCAUGGGGUGGCCUAACAGCACUGGCGUCCUACAACAAAUUUUAUAACAACUCCUACAAAGACUCCAUUAUAGUAUGCGUCACAAACUGCAGCACUAGCAUCUUUGCAGGCUUUGCCAUAUUUUCCAUACUCGGACACAUGGCACAUGUCUAUGGGAAACCAGUUUCAGAGGUGGCACAGGCUGGAUUUGGACUGGCCUUCAUUGCUUACCCUGAUGCCCUUUCGAAACUUCCUAUAUCGCCGCUGUGGUCCAUCCUGUUCUUUUUCAUGCUCAUAACUCUUGGUAUGGACUCUCAGUUUGCUGGAAUAGAGGUGAUCACGACAUGUCUCCAGGAUGCCUACCCGAAAAUCCUAAAGUCCAAACGGGGCCCUGUUACUGUAGUCAUUUGUAUCAUACUCUUCCUGCUUGGCAUACCAUGUGUCACCGGGUCAGGUAUAUACUGGGUAAAUCUAAUAGAUGCCUACUGUGCUGGAUGGAUAAUUUUGGUCGCUGGGUUGUUGGAAGUCACCGGUCUUGCCUGGAUAUAUGGUGGAAACCGGUUCAUCCAAGACAUAGAAAUGAUGAUUGGGACCAAGAGCACCCUCUUCUGGCUGUGGUGGAGGGCUUGCUGGUUUUUCAUCACUCCUGCUGUUCUCCUUGUCAUUCUUAUCUGGUCAGUGUACACGUUCACUGCUCCUACGUAUGGCUCAGUGCAAUAUCCGCAGUGGGGCAUUGCUCUGGGUUGGUGUAUGACUGCAUUCUGUCUCAUGUGGAUCCCGAUUGUGGCUAUCUGGAAGAUAAUGAAAGCCAGAGGAAGCUUGUGGCAGCGGCUCAAAUUCACAUCCUCACCCGCUGAAGAUUGGGGUCCUUAUCUGGAGUGCCAUAGGACCGAUCGCUAUGUUAUCAAAGAGAUGAAAGAUACAAAUGUCUUUGUAAUCUCAAACCAAAACACCACCAGAUUGUAA